AUGUCGAACGCAACGACCUCUGCGAAGGUUGGAAAACCACCAAACAACACGAGGGACUACAACAUCAUCAGGGGUAUAUACCGAGAGUAUGGCGUUACGACUCUCGACCCCAGUCUGGGGUACCUCUUCGCCGCAAAAGAGCCCGCCAACGCAGUUCACGAGUCCAAGCAAGGCGCCAUCAUUGCAGGAAUGAUAAUCGUCCUGCUCGCCAUCGUCGUACCGACAGCAGCAAGACUCUGGGUCCGAGGCCGCGGGGCAUACACCAAGUUUGGAUGGGACGACUGGGUCAUCAUCGUGGCGGCGGCUCUCGCUGUGGUGUAUCCGGUCCUGCAGAUCGUCGUCGUUGUCGAUGCAGGAGGCGGCACGCACACGUGGGAAAACACCUAUGACGACUACCAGGUCUACUCGUAUUAUCUGACCAUCUGCCGGCUGCUAUACUAUCCAACGGUCGGCGUCAUCAAGAUUUCCAUCACCCUCUUCAUUCGAAGGCUCGUCGACACGGCGUAUAGGACGUGGAGAAUUCUCGCCGACAUCUUCCUCGGCACAUGCGUCGCCUACGUCCUCGCCGCCAUAUUCUGGAGCAUCUUCAUUUGUGACCCGCCGCGAGCCGUCUGGGACAGAGAGUUUGCGGGAGCCUUGACCGAGCCCGCGACGUGUGGAAACCAGUUGCUGAACACAAAGGUCCUCAGCAUCAUCCAUGUCGUGCAGAGUGUCCUCCUCCUAGCCACACCCAUCGUCAUCUUGUGGAGCGUUCGUAUUGAUAGGGGCAAAAAGAUUAGGCUCUUCAUCAUCUGGGCUUCGGGCGGGCUCACUGUCACCGGCGGUCUUCUACAGCAGUUGCAGCCAUUUACGUCUACAGACAUCUUCUGGGACUACACCAUUAUCUUACGAUGGGCGGUGCUCGACAUAGCCAUGGGCAUCGUAACCGCCUCGCUUCCGGUGCUGGACGCAGCAAUCAUGGGAUCGUGGCACGUGGCAAAAUCUAGGCUCGGGCUCUCCAAUUCAGACAAGCAGAAUGGCCGAGGGAGCAAGGCGACUAGAGGGACAAAUGUCGAGACCAUCAGUUCUGGGCCGCGAAAAGUGUAUGCCAGCUCGGCCGAGAACAUUGUGGGCAAGGACGACGGCAUUGAGAUGGACGUCAUUCAGCACAACGGGCCCGACGAGCCGGGCGACAACCACUCGAUUCCAGAUACUACGGGCCAUGACAGACAGCACAGGAUCAACAACCUGGUAUGA